UAAGAGCUCUUGUGUGACUGAACAGGAUGUCAAAAGCCACUGCUCUGCUCUGCACGAGAAGCUGCUGAUACACAGCGGCGCUUAAAUACUCCUUCCUGGAGACGCUGAAGAUGGGAUCCGGCCAUAAAGAGCCCGAAUUUGAUUUCAGCUUUCUGUUUGAGUACGGCAGCCGAGGCGGAGAGAUGGAAAUGGAGAGAGAGGCUUUUAGCUACACACCAAAUGUUAGUCUGUCUCUCCCACUUGGCAUGGCCAACCCUUGCCUGGCAUCUCAGUACCACAAUCUUCAAUCAAGCCCUGUUAUCUCAGUCUCAUCAUGCCACCAAGCGAGUUACGGACUCCAAGAGAGCACUGUGGCUCCCAACUACUACUUCCCUGGGCUCCGUCCUAAUGGUGCGCCUCCUCUGGAGAGGCCACGCAUUGAGAUCACCUCAUAUGGCCAGAUGCCUGAGGAAGAGGUGGUGGAAAGUGGGACCAUGGGCCCUGUGCCUAAGCGAGUCAACAUUGUGACCUUGACCUUGCCUAGUGCUGAUGGGUACCGUGAUCCAAGCAGUCUGAGUCCAGCAAGUAGCUGCAACUCUGAGGCAUCAUAUGAAUCUGGUUUCUACAACUAUGAAAAUUCACCCCAGAACUCACCCUGGCAGUCACCCUGUGUAUCACCCAAAGGCUUAUCCUCUUCGAUGCUGUCUUGCCCUCCUCAUGGCCAUGCCCCAGGUCCCUCUCCUCGUACUUCCCCUUCCACCUCACCCAAUGAUGACAUCGGAAGUCACGGCAAGCGGAAGUAUAGCUUCAAUGGCACCCCUUAUGGGCACACAUCAGGCAUGUCACCCAACCACUCACCUGGGGCAUCACCUCAGGGUUCACCAAGGCUUGAAGAAAGCUGGCUGGGAAACACUAACCAGUAUACCAAUUCUGCUAUUGUGGCAGCCAUCAAUGCCCUCAGUACAGACGGCUUUCCUGAUCUCAGUGACGGUGUUCCCAACAAGAGCCGGAAGACCAGUGUAGAGCACAACCCCAGCAUGAGCUUGAAGGUGGAGCCGGCAAAUGAGGAUGUGGGAACAGAACUUGGCCAGGAGGACUAUGCCAAUUCCAACCGUAUGCCAUUCAAGAAGGAGAGCUAUUGCUCAGGUUUCCUGGAUGUGCCACCUCACCCAUACUCAUGGCCCAAGCCCAAACCUUACCUCAGCCCGUCCCUGCCGGCUCUUGAUUGGCAGCUGCCAUCCUGCUCAGGUCCCUACAAUCUGCAAAUCGAGGUGCAACCCAAAUCCCAUCACCGUGCCCACUAUGAGACUGAAGGCAGCCGAGGGGCAGUGAAGGCCCUAUCAGGAGGCCACCCUGUGGUGCAGCUCUACGGCUACAUGGAGAGCGAGCCACUAACACUCCAGCUCUUCAUUGGCACGGCAGAUGACCGACUUCUGCGACCACACGCUUUCUACCAGGUUCACCGCAUCACCGGCAAGACCGUCUCCACUGCCAGUCAUGAGGCCUUGCAAUCCAACACCAAGGUGCUGGAGAUCCCUCUCCUGCCUGAGAACAACAUGAGAGCCAUAAUUGACUGUGCUGGAAUCCUGAAGCUCCGAAACUCAGACAUCGAGCUGAGGAAGGGUGAGACGGACAUCGGCCGCAAAAACACUCGAGUCCGAAUGGUGUUCCGCGUCCACAUCAACCAGCCCAACGGCAGGACCGUGUCUCUACAAGUCGCAUCUAACCCCAUUGAGUGCUCCCAGCGCUCAGCACAGGAGCUGCCUUUGGUGGAGAAGCAGAGCCUGGACAGCUACCCAGCAUCAGGAGGUAAAAGGAUGCUCCUUAAUGGGCAUAACUUCCUGCCUGAAUCCAAAGUCAUGUUCGUGGAGAAGGCCCAAGAUGGACACCAUGUGUGGGAGACAGAAGCAAACGUGGACAAAGAUUCUCGCAAAUCUACUUCUUUGGUUGUGGAGAUCCCUCCUUACCGCAAUCAGAGGAUAUCCAGUGCCGUGAACGUUAGCUUCUAUGUCUGCAACGGCAAGAGGAAGAGGAGCCAGUAUCAGCGCUUCACCUACCUGCCGUGCAACGUUCCGAUGAUAAAGACAGAGCCGGCUGAUGACUAUGAGUCCCGGAUGUCCAUACAUGCAAAUGCCUACUUCGGCCAGCAGAGACUACCUACCAUGAUGCCUUUGGAUGAGCCUGAGCCCUGCAUGGUGGCCAGCUAUGCCCCCUGUGCGUCUCGCCCCACCCCCAUGCUAUACUCUUCCCCCAGUUCUAGCCCUAAGCUUCAUGACCUGUCACCUGUACCCUUUCCUAAGUGCCUGAGCAACAGCCCUACACACUCUACCAUACCUGGAGGUAUGGCAUCCAUGCAGGAUCCUCCCACUCACCCUGGGCUGGCCUUACCCAGCUCCCCUGACCAUGCCUCCCUCGCAGUGCACCACCCUCAGGGUAGUCCACACCUUGGCAGCCCCUCAUACCACCCUCUCUACCCCAACAGUAGUCCAUCCUCCUCUCCUACUUCCCAUCCCUCAACACCUGGGGCUGCAGCUGAAAGCCCUUAUCUGGCCACCUUUGGCUCCACCCAGCCAAGAGGAAGCCCACCCACCCUGUUAGCAGAUGAUCACGACUCCCCUGCAUUGCCUGUUACCAUCAAACAAGAACCACAGGAGCUUGACCAAAUGUAUCUGGAUGAUGUCAACGAGAUUAUCAGGAACGACCUGUCCUGUACUUCUUCCCACGGUCACUCAUAGAUGGCCAUGAUCAUACCUGACGAAAGAAGGGACCAAGAUGUCUUCCCUCUGAAGCCACCUGCAAUUGGACAAUCAGUCCUCUCUCAUUUUGAGGAACUUCUCUGAGGACAAUGUGACGUCAUGUUUCACAUGAAAGGCCUUAAAUUCAAUGGUGUAUAAAAAAAAGCACCGUGAAAAAGCAGUGACUGUUUCAUUUGUUGGUUGUUCUUGUUCUUGUUCUUGCUCUUGCCUUAAAACAUUAGAACUGCUCUAUGGUGGACCAAGAUCUCACAAAGGACAUUUUCUUCUGUUCUUGAUGCGUGUCCCUGCCGGCGUUCAGGACAAACGCUGUACAUUUGGCGUUUUGUAGCAAUUAGUCCCGACUGUUUCAUCACAUGGGACAUAUUCUGCAGUGCCUUACUGCAAGUACAAACGGCGAUGCAACUCCGUUCAUCUUCUUCACUUUUUUUAUACCAUUACACUUUGCUCACUCAUUUGUUUACAGUAACUACGAACAGCUGGAAUGUGUAGAUGUGUGUGGAAUCGUGUGAAUAAUGUAGACCUGUGUUUAAACCAGGUUUUUUCUUUUUCUUUGUUUUGUUUUUUUUACACCUUAUACAUAUAAAGUUGUCUGUAGUAAUUUUUGUAUAAAAGUGUAUGUUUAAUGUGCUGUAUAUAAUGCCUUAAUGAACUUUUGUCAUUCCCUGUGUAGUGCAUGGUCUCUUAGUGAAAUCGGACCACCAAUUGGACUACCUCCCUGAUGCCCUUGUACCCUUAGAACUAUAGCAAGAAAGAAAGUUGUUAACGAGCUGAACCAAGAAUUGACCAAGAAUCGCAGGAUUCCAGUUGAAUUAAAGGAAAAGCACUUAUUCCUCUAGUGGAAGUGGGCACUAACCAGUUUCCUGGAGAUCAUAGCACUGUCCCAAAUUUAGGAAUCAUAAACUAGUUAGGCUACAGUGGCAGUUUGUCUAAGACUAGCAAACAUUAGUGUAUAGUAGCUGUGAGGUUAAAUAUUAGCACAUCUUAUCCUCAUCGUUAACAACAGAUUUUUGCGUUGUUUUUUUUUCUCCCAUAAUCUUUUCUGGUCAGAGGGGUGUUGAAUCAUGACUGGAACAAUUUUAUCAAUGCGCUUGUUCUAAUGCAGCAUAAUUUCUAUGCUAACCCAGAUUUUGUACGAUGAAGAGAUUUUUAAAGAUUGAUAUUGUGACGUUUUUACUUUUUGGAAGGAGUCUGCAGUGUGAGUGUAUUGUGUAUGGUCACAGUUAUACAGUAGGUCACGUUUUUGGUCAUGUUGUGAUGAUGUGUUGAGAAAUACAACAAGAAAGCCUGGUGAAGGAAACAAGGAAGAAAAAAAUGUUUGUAGCUGCUAAAUGGAAGUGAUAAAAGUAACUGAAAAAAAUAUGUCAUUGCUGACAAAUUGGCAUGGAUUAAGUGGAAUAAACUACACUGGAGUUUGUGUUUGAAAUUAUUUAAAAUAAUGAACAUUUGUUUAUUAUUUCUUAAAACAGCACAACCCCAAAGGUUUUUUUAUUCCUUACUUUGGAUAAACAGUAAGUAAAAUGUGUCUGAGACCUUUUCUUAGUGUCCAUUUGACCUCGGACAGGAUUUUGUUAGUCAAGUGGUUUGAGCUGAUUUAGAAAAAUUUGAUAGAUGUUUAUAAGCUAGCUGUUAAACCUCGUGCAACUUAGAAAGCUGUAUCUUUAAAGUAACGCUCGCUGUAGUCACGCCACCAGCAGUUUGAAUAAAGUGUAGAUAAGCUGGAUAAGGCAUGUUCGAUUCGGCUUGAAAAUUGGGACAGAUCUCCAGCGACAGGGUUCGUGACCACUUCAAGAGCGCUGUCCCCACAAACGAGCAAAUGCAUCCCGCUCCGGGUGAACGAACUCAUUUUGUUUUAAUUAAACCAUUUGCGCUCUGAGCUAUCAUUUCUCUAAUGGGAAUUUUUCCCCCAGCACGAUUACACAAACAGAAUUAGAACAAUCUCGCGAAGCCUGUUAUCCUUUAAUAAGCGUACAGCAAUAUGUAUAAUCAAUCGGAGGUCGGGUUGGGUUUCAUGGAGAUGAAAAAAAGACCAGCAAUAAACGAUGUGACGACACCAAAGGAUUUCUUACGUAAUCGAUGUUUUCUAUAACCAGAUAUGUGUCCCUAAAGAUGACAGAGUGGACCUUAUUUGAGCACCUCCUUGACAGAUAUCCUGAGCCGUGUAAAGAGACAUGUCAACCAUGGCAAAUCUCAGACACGUCCCAAACUUUCAGAGUCCAGGACUGGAACUGGGAACAAUUGUCUAGAAUCUUCUACAAUACCAAAACUGAGAGGUCUGCUCUCAAUGAAGGCUCACUUUUCUUCUAGUGAAAGAUUUCUUUCUAAAGCAUGCACUUAAUAUCGAUUUCCAAUGUUUCGUUCAUUAUUGUGACACAGAGACUUUGGGAUACUUUUCUUCCUGUUGUAUAUGAACGCAUGAUUGUGUGCCUUAUUCUGCUAAUCUGUUAAAGGAACUGAUUGUAUUCAUUAUCUCCCCCUUCUCAGUUUAGGCACACGGUGGAUUCAAUCUUGUAUCUUCUCUAAUAUGGAAUAUUUAUAGAAAUCUCAAGGGUAUUUUAUGUAUACAGUAUGCUUUCUGCUAAAUAAAGAAAUAAAAAAAACAUUAUUUAAAAGA